UUUCUGUAUUGAAAGCCCAGCAUUUAAAAGCAUUGCUCGGAAUGAUCGAAGUCAGUGUUGAGUCAGCCACAAUUCGAGCAGCAACUAAUAUCUUGGAUAACGCGAUUGUGUUUAAGCGUGUAGAACUGGCAAAAUAUCUAUACGUACACAAAACAACCAUGAGAGUUGUGGUAUUUAUUUCAUUGUUCGCAGCCAUUGCUAUUGCUCUUCCACAGCAAUAUUACCGACAAAAUGGCCAGCAUCAGCAGCAGGGACAUCGGGUCCCCAUCAGCAGGCAGCAGUGGGCAGCUCUGAACCCAUACGGCACUCCGUCAACUCAUUAUGGGAAUAAUCCACACAUUCAGAAGCAAUGGGAGAGCUUGUACAUACACCUGCCAUUUCUGAGGGGUCCUCCUGGUUAUCCUGGAACUAAGGGUGAAACUGGAGCGACUGGAGCUCCUGGUCAUCCGGGCGCACCCGGAGAAAAAGGCAAACAUGGCAAUCAUGGUGCACCUGGAGAGAAAGGUGAAAAGGGCGACACGGGAGAAAAAGGAGAAAGUGGCGACGAUGGCAGCAAAGGUGAGAAAGGAGAACCUGGUCGGGAUGGACUCAAUGGAGCCCCUGGAAAGAUUGGAUAUCCCGGUUUUCCUGGACCCCAAGGGCCUAAAGGCAACACGGGAGAACCUGGUUACGUUAUCCCUUCUAAAAUCCCUGGACCUCCUGGUUUUCCCGGAACCCCUGGAAAAGACGGUGCUCCAGGUUAUCCCGGUAGUCCAGGACCUAUCGGCCCACCUGGCGCAACCGGAGAAAAAGGCUCUCCCGGUGAAAGCGGUCCAAAGGGAGAAGACGGAGAUGAUGGUAAAGAUGGGUCACCAGGUAAAGAUGGAGCACCCAGUUUUGUGGCGGGACCUCCAGGACCACCCGGUCUUACUAUUCAUGGUAAAGAUGGAUUUCCCGGCGCUGAUGGUAUGCCUGGAAAGGAUGGACGUCCUGGUGAACAUGGCGAAAAAGGUGACACUGGAGAGAAAGGUCCAGCAGGAAAAGAUGGGCUUGCUGGAAUUCCAGGCACUCCCGGCUUUCCCGGCCCAAUGGGACCUCCCGGUCGGCAAGGAUAUCCUGGCUUUCCAGGUCCCGUAGGGCCAGCAGGAUCGACAGGUAGAACCGGCCAGCCCGGAUAUCCAGGUCCAUCUGGUUUUCCCGGUUUUCCUGGUCAUCCCGGUUCUGCAGGAGCUCCUGGUUUCCCUGGAAUCUCCUAUCACUCUUUCGGUCCUUACUUUACGAUUCCCGAUAGCGUUUGGGGCUCGAGCUACGAUUCGUCAGACUCAUUUUGGAAAAAUUAUAAUAGGCGCGCUUCCAGAUAUUAGGCAGAACACGGCCGUGUAUGUGGGCAAAGUAGAAAUAUCGUCUUUUUCAUCCGUGGUUUUCUUUCUUUCAUAAAAUAUCAAUUAUAUAUCGUAAAAAGUUUAAGGAGAUGUCUGUAGGCCCCUACUCUGUAUUGAGAGCCUUGCUUAAUUGUAGCGCUGAAUGUGAAUAAAUGUUGGAGCUGAAUAGCGAUCCCACUCGAAUCAAUUCGAGGUAUUUCACGCAAUCUGAGUUGAAUAAUUUUUUUCAAAAUACAAUUCGAGUUGAAUUUGAAUUGAUUUGAAUUGACAAAAACUCAAUUCGAAUCAAUUCGAAUGGAAUUCGAAUCGAUUCGAAUGAAAUCAAGAAAAAAUUUUAAAAAAAUUUCUUUUAUUAGGCAAGAAAUAUUACACUAAAACAUCCAUAAUUUUAACUGUUUUAAGUAAUUGCAGUAGAAUAUCACUUAAAUCGACUGGAUUUAGUUAUAAUUCAAUAAUAAUAGAAUAUUUGUCCAUUUGAAAGUACCCAAACAAUAUCCAUCACCUUCGUUUAUCGAUACGAAGAGGUAGCACAUCUAGCGGUCGAAAUUGAAACUAAAAAUAUUCAAACUUUGCAAAAAUUUUGUCAAAUUUGACACGAAUUGACCCAAAUAUUCGUGAAUAUUCACAAUGAAUAUUCAUGAAUCGGGAAAUGAAUAUUCAGGUAAAUUUUCAUGAAUAUUUACCCAAAAAUAUCACAAUUCAAAUGAAUAUGAAUUUUGAUUUUUCCAAUUCGAGUUGAACUGAAUAUUCGAAAAAUCUCAAAAAACGCAAUUCAAGUUGAAUCGAUUCGAAUCAAUUCGAAUCGAUUCGAAUCAAAUGCAAUUCGGGUGGGAUCGCUAGAGCUGAAUAUAAGCCUAAUACAGUUAAUUACAUGGUA